GCAAUUGUUGGGACAAGUAUAAUUCUUAUUCAGAGUGACACUUUGGACCUUCUUAGAUAUCGUGAUGCUGGAAGAUAAAGGUUGGGAAGAUCCUCGUUCCGUUAAUAGCCCUAGGAGGAUCUUGAGUUUUUCCAAGAAUAGGAAGGCCACUGUGUUCUUUCCAGACCCAGACGACAGAGAUUCAGGUUUUGGUGUUUCUGGAGAUCAGGGACCCAAGACUUCCGAAGUUUACGGAUUUGUUGGCUCCAUUACUACUGUUGUUGCUACAGUUCUUUUUCUGGUGUGGGCAUAUCUUCCCGAACAUUGGUUGCACUCUUUGGGAAUUGUUUACUAUCCAAGCAGGUACUGGGCAUUAGCUGCGCCAGCUUAUGCGAUGAUGACUAUAUCACUAGCUGUAGGAUUUUACAUUGGUCUCAACUUCUUGGCUACCCCUCCUCCAACUUCUUUCAGCAUGAUAUAUGAUGAAUUCACAAGAGAACCUUUGCGCAACAUGCCUUCAACAGACAAUGAUGAGCAACCUAUAGAGCCUAUAUCUGAUAUUCGGAUUGAUCAAAUAAAUGACCUUAUGUUCAAUCCAAGAUGAGAAAUAAUUUUACUGUGCAGUUAUUUUGCUUGGGUAGAUUGUAUCAGUUUCAUUUAUCAGUGUAUCUCUUUGAUUCACCCAAUUCAGGUACUCGACAUUAAAUGUAAUUUAGAUGUGGCUUUUUUCACAAUCGUCCAUUUGCUUUCCUCUGUGUAGUACAGAAAAACUAAUAUACUGGUUAGCAAGGGUAUAUUACUGUUAGGGAAAAA